AGCACCCACCGGGCACUAAACUGUAUAUAAGCAAGAUGGAUUGCCCAGAUCAGGUAUCAGACAUCCUCUGGGACAAGAGAAGCCACUGCUCCACAGAACCAGACAGAGCUAAACAAGCCAGCAAAAAACUCCCAUCUAAUCAUGAACGGCAAAUUGGUGGCUGUCCUGGCUCUCUUCCUGAUUUCAGCAGCUAUGUCUCAAGGUAUGACCCUGGCAAGGAUGGCAACUGAGCUCCGGUGCCAGUGUGUAGCCACUCAUUCAAAGUUCAUCCCUCCUAAAUCCAUUCAAGAUGUCAAGCUGACACAGAGUGGCCCCCACUGCAAGAAUGUUGAAGUCAUAGCUACUCUGAAGGACGGCAGAGAGGUGUGCUUGGAGCCCACUGCUCCCUGGGUGCAGUUGAUCAUAAAGGCAAUUUUGGCCAAAGCCCAACUCAAUUCUGACUCGCCACUCUAAGAAACAUCAGGAUGGAAAAAACCUGAGAACUGCUCCUGCUCCUCCAUGGAGAGAAACAUUUGGGAAAAGACUCGUUCAGCCAGUGUACCAUGUUCCACCUCAUGUGCCAGUGUUACUGUGUUAACUAUGGAUUGCUUUAUUUAUUUAUUUAUUUAUUUGACUGCAUCUAUUUAAGAAAGUCUUUCAAAAUGGUCAGUGUAAGCUGUGGGACAUGAUGUUCAUUGACACUGAAGACACUGAAUAGGAAAAGUGGUUUACUAAAGGAAAUGAAGAACCCUUGGCAGCCACUUCAGGCAAAGACAACUAGUUAAGUGCAAUGUACUUACAGUAUAGCUUAUUUACACUAAGCCUUACUAUUUUGCCAUUCCACCAGCAAACUGGUAAUUCCUCCUACUCCCCUGGAGUCUGCUAGUAUGUUGUGUCAACAGCAGCUUUCUGAACCACAGUCAGCCUGGGGUUAGACUGUGAACUGUGAUUUCUGACUUGAAGAAUCUAGCCUGCCAAAUCUGUAACACAAUAGAUUUGGUAUUUAUUUAUUGUGAAUGCCAUGGUACUUAUUUAUAAAUGUUUUUAUUGAGUAGUUUCUAUGCCAGUGAUAAAAUUAUGAUAAUUUAUUUAAGUUCUACUGGAUUUUCCAUUCCUGCUAUUGAUUUCUUCUGAGAUAUUCACAAUCUCAUUGCUCUGUACAAGGACAUGGUUGUAUGUCUUAUUAGCUAGUCCAUCAGCUAAUGGAAAAAAUGCAUCUUACAUAUACAGAAUUUGCUUGUGAGAGAGUAUUUAUUCUUAACAAUAUAUUAUUAAAUGUUUUCUUAAAAAAACCA